AUGGAAGAAGAUGAUUAUGAAGAGUAUGUUCCUGUGGCAAAGCGUCGUGCUAUGGAGGCUCAGAAGAUUCUACAACGCAAAGGGAAGGCCUCUGCUGUAAUUGACGAUGAUUCGGAAAAACUACGAGUGGUUGAAAUGAAGCCGAGUCUUCUUGUAAAGGCAUCACAGCUGAAAAAAGACCAACCUGAGAUCAGUGUUACAGAGCAGAUUGUUCAACAGGAGAAGGAGAUGAUUGAUAAUUUGUCCGAUAAGAAAACCCUUAUGUCGGUUCGCGAAUUAGCUAAGGGGAUUACUUAUACCGAGCCUUUGCCUACUGGGUGGAAGCCUCCUUUGCAUAUACGAAGGAUGUCGAAGAAGGAUUGUGAAUUUAUUCAGAAACAGUGGCAUAUAAUAGUUAACGGUGAAGAAAUUCCGCCUCCUAUUAAGAAUUUUAAGGACAUGAGGUUUCCGGAUCCGAUUCUGAAAAUGUUGAAAACUAAGGGGAUUGUGCAGCCAACGCCGAUUCAGGUGCAGGGUCUUCCUGUUAUUUUAUCUGGGCGUGACAUGAUUGGGAUUGCUUUCACGGGUUCGGGUAAAACUUUGGUCUUUGUGCUUCCUAUGAUCAUGAUGGCAAUGCAGGAGGAGAUUAUGAUGCCUUUAGUUCCUGGGGAAGGUCCGUUUGGUCUGAUUAUUUGUCCGUCGAGGGAAUUGGCUAGGCAAACGUAUGAAGUCAUUGAACAAUUCUUGUUGCCUUUGAAGGAAGCUGGAUAUCCAGAGCUCAGGCCUUUGCUUUGUAUCGGUGGAAUUGAUAUGAGAUCGCAGCUUGAGAUUGUCAAGAAGGGGGUUCAUUUGGUUGUUGCCACACCCGGGAGGUUGAAGGAUAUGUUGGCCAAGAAAAAAAUGAAUCUUGAUAACUGCAGGUAUUUGACGUUAGAUGAGGCUGAUCGAUUGGUAGAUUUGGGAUUUGAAGAUGAUAUAAGAGAAGUUUUCGAUCACUUUAAAGCUCAAAGGCAAACUCUCUUAUUUUCUGCUACUAUGCCAACCAAAAUUCAAAACUUUGCUAGAAGUGCUUUGGUGAAACCUAUUAUCGUCAAUGUGGGGCGUGCCGGGGCGGCAAAUCUUGAUGUAAUUCAGGAGGUAGAGUAUGUCAAACAAGAGGCAAAAAUAGUUUACCUCCUUGAGUGCCUACAAAAAACGCCACCUCCCGUUCUUAUUUUUUGCGAGAACAAGGCUGAUGUCGACGACAUUCAUGAGUAUCUUCUCUUGAAAGGAGUCGAAGCCGUGGCUAUUCACGGAGGCAAGGAUCAGGAAGAGAGAGAGUAUGCCAUUUCAUCAUUUAAGGCUGGAAAGAAAGAUGUCUUGGUUGCAACAGAUGUUGCAUCUAAAGGUUUGGAUUUUCCUGAUAUUCAGCAUGUCAUCAACUACGACAUGCCAGCUGAAAUAGAAAAUUAUGUCCAUAGGAUUGGACGUACUGGAAGAUGUGGUAAAACUGGUAUAGCGACAACGUUUAUAAACAAGAACCAAAGUGAGACAACAUUGCUUGAUUUGAAACACCUAUUGCAAGAAGCAAAACAAAGGAUCCCUCCAGUUUUAGGUGAGCUGAAUGAUCCAAUGGAAGAUACUGAAGAAAUCACUGGCAUAAGUGGUGUCAAGGGGUGUGCAUAUUGUGGUGGGCUUGGGCAUCGUAUCCGUGAUUGUCCUAAAUUAGAACAUCAGAAGAGUGUGGCAAUUGCAAAUAAUCGAAAGGAUUAUUUUGGAUCUGGAGGUUACAGAGGGGAAAUUUGA